AUGCAGCAGGCUUUUUCUGUUCAUUCGAAAAGCGUGAAGCUAAAGCACGCUUCUCUUGACAUUUGGCCGCUCACUUGGUGUUUUAUCGCUAAAUUACAGCGUAUUGGCUGGUGCUUGAUUUUGCUCUCAUAUAGUGAUCUUUGCCCUCGUUGCAAUUUGGAGAGAAAAGAUCUCAAGCACCUAUUUUUUGACUGCCCUCUUAGUGCUAACAUUUGGUUGCAGUUACCCGCAAUCCAAGGAGCCCUCACGGCUAGCAUGGAGGAAUGGAAAGAGUGGCUUCAUACCAACGUCAACCACUCCAGAACAAACUCACGGGGUUAUUUCUUAAGUGUCCUAGUUUUAGUUACACUUCGAAAAAUUUGGCUUGCUAAAAAUGGAAAAGUCUUUGAUGAUGUCAUUGUUAGUUCAUUUGAUAUUUGCUUUACUAGUGCUAAAUUUGCCCAUGAAAUUGUGAAGAGUUUUACAUCUGUUGCUUGUGCUAAACCUAGACAAAUUAGACUGAUUGCAUGGAAUUUUCCAGGUAUGGGAAAGCUGAAGUUAAACACUGAUGGAAAUCCGGGAUAA